AUGUCAAACGCUUGGCUCCACCAAGGUGGUGCUUCCGCCCUGAAACCGUCGCCUCUCACCGCUGGUGAAGUUCCUCCGCCUCCCCUUAUCCCCCCGGACCCCCCGCCUGACCCUCUCACCCAUGACCAUUCACCCCCAUCUUCCCCUUUCUCCCCGCAGAACUAUCCUCCUCUUGGUACCUCUGUUCCUAAACAGUCAACUUACCGUAAGAGAUCUGUCACUCCUGUCUCUAAAACUGCUGAGAUUGACCAUCAGCUUCCUACAACUGUUUCUUCUACUACUGUUCCAAUCGGUACAAUCCAAUGUGCAGUCUUCUGUCCUAACCUUAACUGCUCCUUCCUCUCCAAAACUCACCUUAAGCCCUUCUGA